CAUCCGGGAACUGCAUUCCAGCUACCUCUUGCUAAGCUAAGCUCUCUUUUCUUCCUUCCAAAAUACGUCAUUUAACUGUCUGUCAAAAUAACUUGCCUGGUCUACCUGAUCACACCGCAGAGCUGCAGCCUCCCCUGGAUUCCCUCCUCAGUGACAAGCUGUUCAGAGAGCACCUAGUGAGCAGCACACGCCCCUCUGCUCCUCCUCUCUUCCUGCCAGGGCGCUCCGCUGUCCAUCGGGAGGAGUAAUUAAUGGGUUGAUUAUGUAUGAAAGCAGCAUCACACCACUUGGCUGUCUGAUUUGAGCGAUCCGAUCAGCGCUUCAUUCAUGUUCGGUGUCUGGGAUACGAUAAAGCUGUUCUUCCUUUCGGAUUUUCCCCUCACCACUCAGAAACCACUAGAGCGACGUGUUAACAGAAGCACCCGGGAAGAGAGGAAAUUCUUCACCUCUGCAGACAGGAGGCUGAGGACGGAAAGUUGUCCGGGAGAAAGCCCAGGGAAGCAGAAGGUGCUACAGAACAGCCGUGCUUCUGGAAAACACACCAGCGCUAAGGCAGCACGACGUGGGGACGUCUGCCAUCCUGAAUUACAGGUGAGCACAACUUUUCCAGGGUGUGAACCGUCUGCAGGAGUAAGCGGGGCUUCUCACGGCCGAGAGAGCCAAGAAUUCUUAAUAAGUUCUCAGCACUGCGGUCAGAUCAACUGCUGUUAUUUGAUAAAAGCAAAAUUCACCCUUUGAUUUCCAUAAUCCUAUCCAAAUGGAGUCUUUGCCUUGCUGUGAGCUGUCCUAACUAACAGCACGGGAUUAGCGGGCCUCAGAGAUGCUGCAAGAAAUGAGACACCUGGGUGAAAGAGAGCACCACAGCGCAGUCGACGAGGCAUUUGGAGUACGACAGCUUACCACUCCUUACUGAGCUUCAGCCAACUGCUACCAGGUACUGGUGGAGAAGAGUGGAGGCAGAACAGAGCGGCUCCAAACCUCAGACUAAAUCCGAAAACAACUUCCUGAACCAGGAUGGAGGCGGAAUCUUACCACAAUGAAACCACAGUCAAUGGCACCCCAGUGAAUCCCCAGGCUUUGGAACGCCAUGGGCUUUGGGAAGUCGUCACUAUUGCAGCGGUGACGGCCGUGGUCAGCCUCAUGACCAUUGUGGGCAAUGUCUUGGUCAUGAUCUCCUUCAAAGUCAACAGUCAGCUCAAGACAGUUAACAACUAUUACCUGCUCAGCUUGGCCUGUGCGGACCUCAUCAUUGGGGUCUUCUCCAUGAACCUCUACACGACCUACAUCCUCAUGGGUCGCUGGGUUCUCGGGAGUCUGGCUUGUGACCUUUGGCUUGCACUGGACUAUGUUGCCAGCAACGCUUCUGUCAUGAACCUUCUGGUGAUUAGCUUCGACCGUUACUUUUCCAUCACAAGACCACUGACAUACCGGGCCAAGCGUACCCCAAAGAGGGCGGGCAUUAUGAUCGGCUUGGCCUGGUUCAUCUCCUUCAUCCUCUGGGCGCCAGCAAUCCUCUGCUGGCAAUACUUGGUGGGGAAGCGGACAGUACCCCCCGAUGAGUGCCAGAUCCAAUUCCUCUCCGAGCCCACCAUUACUUUCGGCACUGCCAUCGCUGCCUUCUACAUCCCUGUCUCCGUCAUGACCAUACUCUACUGCCGGAUCUACAGGGAAACGGAGAAGCGAACCAAGGACCUGGCUGACCUCCAGGGUUCUGAUUCUGUGGCAGAAGCCAAGAAGAGAAAGCCAGCUCACAGGACCCUGCUCAGAUCUUUCUUUAGCUACCCUAGACCCAGCCUGGCCCAGAAGGAAAGGAAUGACUGGUCAUCCUCCCGCAGAAGACCCUCAACCACAGGAAAGCCAACCCAGGCCACGGGCCUAAGUGCAGACUGGGACAAGGCUGAGCAGGUCACUACCUGUAGCAGCUAUGCCUCCUCAGAGGAUGAGGCCAAGACCACCACUGACCCUGUCUUCCAAGUGGUCUACAAGAACCAGGCCAAGGAAAGCGCAAGGAAAGAAUUCAGCACUGAAGAGACCAAGGAAACUUUUGGGAAUGCUCAGACUGAAAACAAUGACUAUGACACUCCCAAGUACUUCCUGUCCCCGGCUACUGCUCAGAAACUCAAGAGUCAGAAGUGUGUUGCCUAUAAGUUCCGACUGGUGGUAAAAGCUGAUGGGACCCAAGAGACUAACAAUGGCUGUCGCAAGGUGAAAAUCAUGCCCUGUACCUUCCCGGUGUCCAAAGACCCUUCCACGAAAGGCCUGGAUCCCAACCUCAGCCAUCAAAUGACCAAACGAAAGAGAAUGGUCCUAGUCAAGGAGAGGAAAGCAGCCCAGACCUUGAGUGCCAUCCUCCUGGCCUUCAUCAUCACGUGGACCCCUUACAACAUCAUGGUCCUGGUUUCCACCUUCUGUGACAAGUGUGUCCCUGUCACCUUGUGGCACUUGGGUUACUGGUUGUGCUACGUCAACAGCACUGUCAACCCCAUCUGCUAUGCUCUCUGCAACAGAACCUUCCGGAAGACUUUUAAGAUGCUGCUCCUCUGCCGGUGGAAAAAGAAAAAAGCCGAGGAAAAACUGUACUGGCAAGGGAACAGCAAGCUACCCUGAAAAGUCAGCAACUCCCCUCGAAAGCAUCAGAACCACGUGGGGUCCGGUUUGCUUGUUUUCAAGGACGUCAUCUGCCAUUCUGAGUCCCCGAAGACUUGUCAGGACUCAAGGUCUGUUGUCAGAUGAAGAGUAACACACACACAGCAACGAGUCUUCUCUAUUACCAAGGCCACCUGAUGCCACUAGAGUCUGCUGGUGGAGCAGAGAGACAGACGCAGGGCCCUGCUCUGGACGUACAUCUGAGUCACAGUGGGCAAUGAUUUGGGGGAACUGACCUGUGCAGAACAGUAGCGACCAGAUGGAAAUCUUCCCCUGUGGCUUUCUGUCAUAGACUAUUCUGGACUGUGUAUGUGUCUGUGUGAAAUUGUCUUAUACCAGUGAGAAUCAGGAGAAUGUAGGCCACUGUCGCCUCUGGAUAAGAAUGAUAUUCAACUGGCUUCUAAGAAUAUCACUCGUAAUUUAAUCAGCACUUAUUAUGCAGCUAUCACGUGCUUUGUACUGUGGCAUGUUUUUCUGUUCAUAUGCAGAACGAUGCUCUCACUCCCCCUUUCAUAGCUAUGACAACGCCUGUGCCCGGUGAAACCAUGGUGAUUUCCACAGACCAUCAGUUUCUCAGAAUCCUGAGUCAAGAAGGGUGCUGACGUUGGCACACUUGGCACACUUGGUCUCCUAAAGGGGCUUCUAUUCUGCUACUAAUGAUGAUCAAGUUUCCGUACAGUUACUUUUGUGUUUUACCAGUGAGGCAAUUAUUUCUCUAAACAAAUAUUGUGUAUCAUUUUUGGUGCCCAUUUGGAAUCAUUUACUAAAUAUGCUGUGUUCCCAGGAGAAACUGAUUGUAUAACAGCCCUGUCCAGUAGGAAUCCUCUCCAAAACAUUGAAUGUUGGGUCUUUUAUGUUGUUUUCAGGGGAAUUGCUUUCUAAUCUCUUCUCAGGACAAUUCAGACACAAAACAUGGAAACCAAAUAUGCUUUUCCUUCUAUGCUUUGACAUUUAUUUAAGAGUUUUUGAAGCUCCCAAUCCCCCUCAUUCAACCCUUAACACACCCAGACAUUCACAGAUUACUGUCUUGUGCUGGGAAAGAAAUGCUACUUGGGCAAGCAGAGGGAAAUAUUCUCUCUCUCUCUCUCUCUCUCUCUCUCUCUCUCUCUCCCUUCCUCUCUUAUAAGUCUUUCAUAUUUGAAAGAAAUGACUUCCUUAUUCAGUCCUACCCAAAUUCACCCCAAAGUGAGGAGCUCAGAAACUUACUGUUGAGAGUUCAGUGCAGUUGGUUACGGUCCUUAAAUAUGAACGCUUUGGCUAGGAGGAGCCCAGUGAUACAACAUUUUCUUCCACAUCCAUGAGGCACCAGAUUUGACCCUCAGCACCAAAGCAAACAUUGUUUAAAUGUAAGUUUCAUCUUAAAAACUAAGUGUAAAUUAUAAUGACAUAAAAACAAAAUUAUCAACAUACAUUUGUGCCAUGGAAUUAUUUAAAAACUGAGUUUGUUGGAACUAUUUAACUGAAGUAUUUUUAUAUAAACAAACUGGAAGUGGAGUGGUGCUCAUUGGACAGUGCUUGUCCAGCAUGCUGAAAACCCUGGGUUUGAGUUUUAGAAGCAAGAGAGGAAAAAUAUUGAACCUAAGAUGCUUUUUUGAUGACUCUAAACAUAAAUAUAUGUACAAGAAAUUAAAGCUAUGAAAUAAGUUGAAUUAAUGAAAGCUCCACAGUAAAAGCAGUGCAGAGCUACAUGAAGAACUGGCAGGUGGAGAAAUCCUUUUGGAAGCUUCCUAGUUAGAUCUGCUAUUAUUUGACACUGUGUUAAAAAAUUCUCUACACUUCAGCUGGGUGUGGUGGAACAUACCUCUAAUACCAACACUUGAGCAGUGGAGGCAGCUUUGUCUAUAGCAAGAUCCUAUUUCAAAAAGAAAAAAAAUCUGGAUUUCAUUUCACUCAGUGGAAGCCAGCUCUCUUUCAACCUCAUUUGCUAAGAGGAUGGCAAAAGAAGAGAAGAAGAAGAAGAAGAAGAAGAAGAAGAAGAAGAAGAAGAAGAAGAAGAAGAAGAAGAAGAAGAAGAAGAAUUGGCCUGUUUCCUGGGAACUAGACGUGUGUCUGAGUUCUUCCUCCAACCCUGGAAGAAGAGAGUUAGAUGCCAAGGAGCCUUUGGGAUGGGGAACUCUUGGGCAGCACAAGGCUAAUCUACCCAGGCUUCUAUUCUAUCCUGCAGAGCCCUGAUGUUGAAAUGGAACAUGUUUGAUGCACCGUAGCUGUGGAGUCCUUGUGAAGGGCAGGUUCCUACCUGCUAAGAAACUAGCAGAAAAUACUAAUUGGCUCAGAUCUCUAAGACAGAGUUCCCAGGCCUACGUGACACCAGGAAGGUGUGGCUUUAUUCCGAAACCUGCUCUACCAGCUGUAGACAGGCUUGAUUCUCUUCCUUUAAGGCCUUGGCUGCUGACAGAAUUGGAAAUCUUUCAAUGAAAACGGCAUUUUAAUCCUAUAUUGGGUAUUCAUCAGUCACAGUAGAAGGAUAAGGCAGUUAAAGCAAAGGAACCCAGAGCUGGAAUGGAGAGAGUAUUGCUCCAUCAUCACACAGAAUGAGCGCUUUUAGUUUAUCUUUUGUGAAACUGAUCUUUGACUUUGGAAAGUAGCCAGGUUCACAAAGGUACUCAUGCCGACUAACACAGACAAAGUGUACCCCAAAACUACUAGGGGAAACCAAAGUUUCCUUGAGUCGGGGCCUUAAGUGGGGCCUUCAGAAUGCAAAGAUUCAGCUGUCAACUACAGGGACUGGUUGAGCGGGCGGGGUGUAUCCUGUCCUACGCCUUCUGGGCUAGGAUCCCAGAUCCCAGUCUCCUGAGCUCUGUCUGUGGUGGAAACUGUGUUCAGCUUUAACUAGUUAUCCAUUGAAGCUAUGUGUUGCUAAUAAUGUGAUUUGUUUCUCUUUGGCUGUGAACUUGGUAACAAGUCCCUCUUUUCCAUUCCUGUUUGGCUAAACAACACACCUUACCAGUGUUCCUCUGCUUUGCUCCUCUGGCGAGUGUGCUCUGAGGGUGAUGCUGUCAGUUAUUUGUAUUGUGAAAUCUGCACCUAAACCCUUGGGUUGGGAUAUAUAGCCGUCUACUACAAAUAUCCGAAUCACAGCAAAGCAUAUUGUACUCAUGUUGUUCUGGAUAUUAAAGACAUUCAGCUGCCCAGUGAUUCUGUGAAAAGUGUUAAAACUGGAGACUCUUCUCCGGUUAGCAUGACAGACCCAAUUUGUACCGGGGUCUUACCCAGCUCUGCAUGGCCUUCCCUUUUACAAUAGGGCACACAAUAUGGAAUACACAUCCCUGUUGCUACUUUCUGUGAUGUGCCAUUCCAGUUA